CAGACAACGCUGAUGUAAACAAGGAAAUGGCUAAUGUAACCAAGCGCAAAUAAGAGAAAUGAAAGGAAACUUGUACUAGUUGUACAGGUAUAAGUUCCCUUUCACAAACGAGUGGGAUCAUUACGCACUUUUUAGGAUACCGACUGACUGCAGUCGUAGCAAAAUUAGUUAGUAACAGCUUUUACGAUAACGUUACUUCUCUGUCUCCCUCACUGGGGUUGUUAGUAUUGAAUGGAGGAAAGACACAAGAAGAUUCUUCAGCGCAACAGGACCAGUCUCGUGAGAGACUUGGAGCCAUCAAAUAUCUAUGAUGGCCUUCUUGAAAAAGGAGUUUUCACCCAAGACAUGAUCGACGAGAUAAAGAGCUCUGGGACCAGACGUGACCAGGCCAGACAGUUAGUCCGGGAUUUAGAGACCCGUGGGAGUCGGGCCUUUCUAUUAUUUCUGGAAUGCCUUCAGGAGACAGGUCAGCACAGUUUGGCAGAGCUCCUACAGAGCGGAGCUCCAACAAUUCAACUACAGCCUGCAACACCCAUUCAGGUCGUUCGCCCUGUUGUCCUGCCUCUCCCAGUUUCCUCUCCAAUGGAUGUUGAUAAGCAAAGAAUAGAUGAUGUCCCUGUCUAUCCAAUACACAGACCCAGUCCUACUCCCAGUCCAUCACUUGAAAGACCAAGGCCACAAGGCAGAACUCGACGGGAUAGUAUUCAGAGCUAUAAAAUGGACGCCAGCCCAUGUGGACAUUGCCUCAUCAUAAACAACGUGGAGUUUGAACCUCAGAGCGAGCUGAAAAAUCGCAAAGGGUCCAACAUAGACUGUGACAAGCUGGAGAGAAGAUUCAAGGCACUCAAAUUUAUUGUGGAAGUUAAGACAAACCUGAAGCAAAGACAAAUCAGACAUGACCUGUUAGCUUUAUCUAAGAAGGACCAUUCACAAUAUGACUGCUGUGUGGUCAUCAUGCUGUCCCAUGGGACUGAGGUGAGUCACAACCGCUUCCCUGGUGCCGUGUAUGGUGUGGACGGACAGCACGUCCCAGUUCAGCACAUCACAAACUACCUGAAUGGCCAGCAUUGUCCAUCAUUACAGGGCAAACCAAAACUUUUCUUCAUCCAGGCCUGUGGAGGAGAUGAAAGAGACACAGGCUUUGAGGUGUCCCCUGAUGAGGUUGAACCAUCCAUCGGUGGGGCAGAUGAUCAGACGGACGCCAUUCCAACAUCAUCCAGCAGUGACUCUCUGAGCAUGUCCGAUGAACCGGACGCCAGAGCCACGCUGCCCACCCCAUGUGACAUUCUGGUGUCCUACUCUACUUUUCCCGGUUACGUGUCGUGGAGAGACACCCAGUCCGGUUCCUGGUACGUCGAGACACUGGACCGUAUUCUUGAGGAAAAUGCUGCCACCGAUGACUUGGUCACAAUGUUGAUGAUGGUUAACCAUGAAGUCUCCCAGCACUCUGCAAAAGGGCUCUACAAGCAAAUGCCUGGUUCCUUUAACUUCCUCCGCAAACUUCUCUACUUUCAAAGCCACGCAGAGCGAAGUUCAUCUUAACACUUCUCAGUUUCACUUUCAGGGAACCUUAUAUGUUUAUGGCAUGACUGUAAUUUCUUGGGAUUAUGUCGCAGCAGAGUUGCUAAAUUUAUGAAUUUUUUUAAAUUGUGGUUAUACUUUCAGUGACCCAAUCAUGUCUUACUGUACAUUUCUAUUGUUUGUCAUGUCUUGCUGUGUUUUUCAGUCAUCUUUUCUAACUCUGUAAUCGUUUUUUUAUAUUCUUGGUGUCUUAUCGGCACAAAGCAGCUGUACAUUUUUAAGUAUAGACAAUCAACAUGAUGUUCAGUUUGUACUCUGCAAAGUGAUAUAAAAGACUUUGCUGACUCUUA